UGCUAUUCGUAACUGGUGGAAGCCUAGUUGGUGACUGCUGCUUGCAGGCAGGCCCAGAUCAGUGGAUAGCAGUUGCUAUCAGAAUGACUGGCUGAAACCAGUAAAAGCCAACCCAGAUUUGUGCAAGAAAGAUCCUCUUUGACUGGCUCUGUACUCUCUUUUCAAUCAGGAGUUUCUGUGGCUCAUGGCAUAUGGCAUUGAGCUGUCAAAUUGCAAUUCAUGGAGGAUCUGCUGGUGGAUCUGUGUGGUAGGUCAAACUUCCUAGUCAUCACCAAAGAGGAAUCCAGCUAUGACUAGCCGAUAUGCAAGACUCUUAGCACACUACCCGUGCCUUUUCUUGCUCUUGGUCAUUGUGGUUGUGGGAGUGCUUACUACUGUCUCCAUUAUUAAGCAGCGUCUUCCCUCAUUUGAAGAUCCUCUCUUGGGUUUUGAAACUCGGGGCACAGAGAUUGCUCAACGCUUAAUAUCAUGGAAGAAUCUCUUGGAAGCAUCCAGGCCAUCUGGCAUCUUUUCUGGGAAUCCUUAUGAAGAACAGCUGACAAAGGAAAUCCAUCAGAAACAGGAGGAGGAAAUGCAGCAAAAGAAAGAAAACAAGACUAAGAAAAACAAGAAAAGGAAGAAAAAGAAAAAAAAAAAGAAGAAAGAAAAGGAGGAAACAUUGGAUGAUACUGACACUGAUGACAAAGAUGAGCUACAUGUUGAUGAGGACUGGAAAGAAUUGGAGCAAUUGGCAUUAACAGGAGAAGAUGAAGUCAUGCACGAAGAAGAUGGGGCAAAUGAAUUCCCUGAAGUUUUCUUCUGUGGAAAUCCAGGGGAUGUAUACAGCCACAUGGUGAUCUCUAGCAUUGAUGGUUAUGGAACCCUUUUCUCCAGAGAAUCUCUCUUGUCAAUUUGCUCACUUGAGAAAAAAUUUGCCCAAAAGCAGCUUUACUCAGAUUUUUGUGAUGAAUCAUCAGCCGGUCAAUGCUGCCGAGCCUGGUCUCUUCCUUCCUACAUAGCCCUCCUUCACAAUCAUACCUCCUGCUUCGAUAUCACAAAUGAAGAUGUGAACGAGACAUUGGUGUUGCUAAAAGCCUGUGCUCACUAUUAUCAUCAUAUGGAGCUCUUGCCUGAUUGUUAUGAUCGUGGUUGUCCUGGUGUCCCAGAUUUCUGCAUCCAGCAUAAUGCUGUCUACAAUAUUCUUCACUUCCUCACUGACACUGACUUCCUUCCACCUGGAGCUGAGAAUUCCACUAUGCUGAAGGCAACUGUGAUGUUUCUGCCACUGCCACGCAGCUCUUCCAUGCUCCCAUAUUUUCUUCAGCUGCACCAUGAUGACCUCACUGCUGGGAAUGUGCAAGUUGUGGCCAUGGAUUUUGGUUCAAAAUGGGCACUAUUUGACAAGUUCCUGAUUGAUGACAUGCUCCUUGUUGGCUUGGCAGGGAUCAUUGUUUCAUUCUGUCUGUGGUUUUACACCUCCUCAUUCUUUGUGACAGUGGUCACUUUGGCUGGGAUCAUCAUGUGUCUCUCUAUGGCUUAUUUUUUUUACACUGUUGUCUUUCGCCUUUCAUUCUUCCCCUUCAUGAAUCUUCUCACUGUUAUCAUUGCCAUUGGUGUCGGAGUGGAUAAUGCUUUCAUCUACUGCAAGAUGUGGAAAUUAGCCAAAAUGGAGAAGAAUGCAGGGACACUUGUUAAACUGGUUUCUGAUACAUUGGAGCAUGCCAGCCUCUCCAUGUUUGUAACCAGUCUCACCACUGCUGUGGCUUUUUUCACCUCAUAUGUUUCGCAAAUUACAGCCAUCAAAUGUUUUGGGGUGUUUGCUGGGAUGUGCAUACUGGCCAACUUCCUCCUCAUGGUCACAUGGCUUCCUGCUGCAGUGGUUGUCUCUGAAAAGUAUUUCAACUGUAGCAUAGCACUUCCUGCUUGUCUACACUGCCUCACUGUCUUCUCCAGUAUCUGUGAUUGGAGUCGAGUAUUCUUUGAAAAGAUCAUCCCAUGUGCCAUCAUUAAGGGCCGUUGGUUAUGGCUCCUGCUGUUAGGUACCCUAGGAGCACUGGGAAUCUUUUCUGUUGUCUAUCUUCCUGGUCUUCGCCUUCCUGAUUCCAGAUUCUUCCAACUUCUCCAUUCUUCUCACCUGUUUGAAACUUAUGAUAGAGAUUAUCACCGAGCAUUUUGGUUCCAGCGUGUUAAGGAUGAAAUGUCUCACACUCUUCCAAUGCAUUUCAUCUGGGGAAUUCUUCCAGUUGACACAGGAAACCCUCUCAACCCUCAUGACUCUGGAGAUAUCAUGUUGGAUGAUGCAUUUGAUGCCACCUCCCCAGAAUCUCAGAUUUGGCUUUUGAACUUCUGCCGUCAAGCACGGAGACAGAACUUCUACCAGCCAACACUAGGUCCUCUGUUGCCCAACUGUUUCAUUGAAACAUUUGUCUCCUUCAUGUCACGAGAAUGCAUAGAUGAAAUAGAAGGAGUGGACAGGAGUCCUUGCUGUCAGAACUCAACAUUUCCAUUCUCUCGUGAUGUGUUUGAACUGUGCAUCAUAGAGGGCCUUCGUGUUCUGUACGAAACACCCAGUGAAUUCUACAUUCCAGGAAUUGCAGGUCCGAAAUUCCUCCGUGAAUCAGGGAGGUUACAAGUCAUUGUUGUAGAAUAUGAUACCAAGUUCAAGUAUUCUCUAUCUUAUGAGGAUAUGCAGAAGUUUUACAUGGAGCUGGAAACAUGGACUAAAGAAGAAAUGAAGGCAGCUCCUCCUGGGAUGUCAAGAGGCUGGUUUAUUAGCGACCUGGGAUUUUAUGAUAUUCAGAAUAGCCUUGCUCAUGGGACUCCUGUGGCAAUUGGCAUUGCCAUGUCUUUGUCUUUCAUUGUUCUGUCUCUGACUACCUUGAAUCUCUUGCUCAGUAUUUAUUCUAUUGUGACAAUAGCAUUUGUGAUCUUUACAACCUCAGGAGUCCUUGUUCUCCUUGGCUGGACCCUGAAUGUUCUUGAGGCCAUCACUGUUUCUGUGGCUAUAGGCCUUGCUGGUGACUUCACUCUUCAUUAUGCUAUUGCUUACAAGAUGUGCCUGGAAGAAGACAGAACAAGUCGAACAGUGUUCUCAUUGUCGCAGAUGGGAAGCCCCAUCACCAUGGCUGCUCUGACAACAUUCCUGGCCGGGCUACUCAUGUUCCCUUCGCACAUUAUUGCAUAUUUUCGCAUUGGAAUCUUUUUAGUUGUUCUCAUGUCACUGAGUUACAUCUAUUCAACCAUCUUCUUCCUGAGUCUCCUGAGCGUGGCAGGACCAGAGAAAGACUGCACUCAACUGCAUCUUUCCAAGAGUUCAUGUUCCUCUUGCUGCAGGUCAACAGUUAAAGAUCAUGCAGACAAGACUCGGUAUAACUUUGGCCUGAGUGAAUCUACACUCUCCACGUCUUCAGCUCCAGCCCACAGCAGUGACACUCAUGAACUAGAGCCCCUAACUAUGUCCUCAAAUAGAAAUGACCGUGGGUCAGUGUCUCGUUAUGCUAGGACAACUCAGUACAAACCCAGUCCCAAACCAGUACCUAAAAGGCAAAGAAGCCAGAGUGGAGGAAUGGGAGGAACUUCAAGAUCCCUGUCAUCGUCACGAGAUAGGAAGAUCAGUUUACCCAGUGUGAGCGCAUCAUCACUGGAUUGCCCUCAGCAUCAUCACAUCCCUGUUGCUGUCAGCUCCAACUCCAUCAUUUAUGCUGAUGACAAUGGAGAUCCCAUAAUCCCCAAUCGCUCUCCACGGAUCCCCAAUAUCUGGCUGAAAAGGAUCUGAUUCUCAUUUCUGGUUUGGCCAUGGACCAAAUUUCAGAAUACCCAGCAUUUUCUACUUCCCACAUCCCCCCAUCAAUUCAUAUGCCAUUUUCCUUAGCCACAAUGUGAUAUGCCUCCUUCCGUCUAGUGGGACCAUUCUGCUCCAAAACAAGACUGUAUCUUCGGUCAUUCCUGGACCCAUCUUUCUCAAUUGCCUUUUUGAUCUCUUAUUUGGCAUUUCAACUUUUAGGACUGCUUGUUCUUUGUACAACUUCCUUGUUGCUGUUGGCAUUGAUCUGAAAUAUACAGUUUCGUCUUCUUUUUCAAA